GAACUUUCCUAAUGUAUUGGAAAACUUGAGGCGCUGCCAAUCUAGAUUAAAAUAGAAACUCAGUCUGCUGAGAAUUUUCAUAAGAGCUAAAACAAAUCAAACGAAUUUCGACCGUUGCAGUUGAAUCGAACUCACCUCAAACAUGUCUAACCUGAGGAAAUUCAAAGACGAGGACCGCGAGUCCGAAUACGGUCGCGUGUACGCUGUCUCUGGUCCGGUCGUUACGGCAGAGUGCAUGUCGGGCUCUGCUAUGUACGAGCUGGUACGUGUGGGCUACUAUGAGCUGGUAGGCGAAAUCAUUCGCCUGGAGGGCGACAUGGCCACCAUCCAGGUAUACGAGGAAACCUCAGGUGUCACAGUCGGUGAUCCGGUGCUGCGAACGGGUAAGCCCUUGUCCGUGGAGCUGGGCCCUGGCAUUAUGGGCAGUAUCUUUGAUGGUAUUCAACGUCCACUGCGGGACAUUGGUAUCAUGACUAGCUCUAUAUAUAUACCCAAGGGUGUGAACACGCCCGCCUUGUCGCGCAGCGAAAUGUGGGAGUUCAAUCCCUUGAAUGUGCGCGUUGGCUCCCACAUCACGGGCGGCGACUUGUACGGCGUUGUGCAUGAGAACACAUUGGUCAAGCAGCGCAUGCUUGUGGCGCCGCGUGCCAAGGGCACAGUACGCUAUAUUGCACCAGCGGGUAACUACAAUCUGGAGGACGUUGUGCUGGAGACGGAAUUCGAUGGCGAGAUCACAAAACAUACAAUGCUGCAGGUGUGGCCUGUGCGCCAGCCGCGCCCCUGCACCGAGAAGCUGCCGGCCAAUCAUCCUCUCUUCACUGGUCAACGUGUACUUGAUUCGCUGUUCCCUUGCGUCCAGGGUGGCACCACAGCCAUUCCUGGUGCCUUCGGCUGUGGCAAGACUGUCAUCUCGCAGGCCUUGUCCAAGUACUCCAACUCUGAUGUCAUCAUUUACGUCGGCUGCGGCGAGCGAGGCAAUGAGAUGUCUGAGGUAUUGCGUGACUUCCCGGAACUGACUUGCGAAAUUGACGGCGUCACAGAGUCCAUCAUGAAGCGCACAGCUCUGGUGGCCAACACCUCCAACAUGCCCGUGGCUGCUCGUGAGGCUUCCAUCUACACAGGCAUCACACUUUCCGAAUAUUUCCGUGAUAUGGGCUACAAUGUGGCCAUGAUGGCAGACUCCACCUCCCGUUGGGCCGAGGCCUUGCGAGAAAUAUCUGGCCGUCUGGCUGAAAUGCCUGCCGAUUCGGGUUAUCCGGCGUAUUUGGGCGCUCGUUUGGCCACAUUCUAUGAACGCGCUGGACGCGUCAAGUGCUUGGGUAAUCCCGAGCGUGAGGGCUCCGUGUCCAUUGUCGGCGCUGUCUCGCCCCCUGGUGGUGAUUUCUCCGAUCCCGUGACCUCGGCUACCUUGGGUAUUGUACAGGUGUUCUGGGGUCUCGACAAGAAGCUGGCCCAACGCAAACAUUUCCCUUCCAUCAACUGGCUCAUUUCCUAUUCCAAAUAUAUGCGUGCUCUGGACGAAUACUAUGACAAAAACUUCCCCGAAUUCGUGCCGUUGCGUACCAAAGUCAAGGAGAUUUUGCAGGAGGAGGAAGAUCUGUCCGAAAUCGUGCAGUUGGUGGGCAAAGCAUCGCUGGCCGAGACCGAUAAGGUUACUCUGGAGGUGGCCAAGCUGCUGAAGGACGAUUUCUUGCAACAGAACUCCUACUCGCCAUAUGACCGAGUGUGUCCCUUCUAUAAAACUGUCGGCAUGUUGAGAAAUAUUCUAGCUUUUUACGAGACGGCGCGUCACGCAGUUGAGUCCACCGCCCAGUCGGACAAUAAGAUUACAUGGAACACGAUCAGGGAGUCAAUGGGCGGCAUUAUGUAUCAGUUGUCUUCAAUGAAAUUCAAGGAUCCUGUGAAGGAUGGUGAGCAAAAGAUUAAGGCAGACUACGAUCAGCUGUAUGAGGAUCUGCAGCAGGCCUUCAGAAAUUUGGAGGACUAAGGCGACUGUGUACUUGCAACAGAAACAAGGCAAAGAAAACAAAAGAAGAAAAGCAAAAUACCAAAAUGGAAAAAUACCGAAA